AGUACCUGUGUGAAAGCCGGCGGAAAUGACGUGCCAGGCGCCGGGUUUCCGCCUUUUGCUGUGGAGGUCAGAGGAGAAUGCCGGGCUGGGGCUGCACGCUGCUGGAGAUGCUGCAGUGACCUUUCCGCCACCCAGGCUCAUGACUUCUGUUGCGCAGUGCAAGAAAUAUGGCGGCACGUCUAAUCCAGCGCUUUUCCCGUGUGCUCGCCUUAACGUCAUCCUUGCAGCCGCAGUUUAGCUCUGCCCUUUCAGAAUGCGCCCGAGUGUGCCACCAAACUCUGGCCAUGCCACCUCGACUGUGCUUGCACACCUCCUCCCUCUUCCGGCACACGGACAAUCUCGCUGCGCUGGACCAGAGUUUUGGCGUUUCGGAAGACAAAGAGUUCGUCUCCAUGCUAAAUUCUGCAUCAGGGGUGGAGGAAUUGUUACGGCUUUCCACCGAGCCGGAGAUCACCUGUUAUAAAGCUACACUAAUAAUCCAGCAGAUCUCUAAGAUGCACAUUGCCAACAGAAACCGGCUGUCUGAUGACAAAAGGUUCCAGAAGCUGCUGAAUAUUGUGAACAAGCAGAUCCGCUCCAUUUGGAACAGGAAGCUGGUGGCCCUGCUGCGGAGCCUGUACACCAUCGGCCUGGAUGCAGAGAACUGGUACCUUCGUUCUGUAGAGACUGAGGUCCAGUGGCGUCUCCGGAGGUUUAAUAUCGAGACUUUGGCGCAGUUAGCAAGUUUUCUCGUUCCCCGUGCCGAAACAACGGUCCAGAAAGAUCUGGUGCUCGAUCUAUUAAAGAACGUGGAGUUGAGGUGGACUGAAAUAAAGGAUACCCGGACAUUGGUGACUUUGAUAAACAGGCUGAGCUCCAUGUCCCAGACUCUCCUGGAAAGGCUUGAAGAUAAGAUCCUAGAAUUUGCAGAAAUCUUUACCCCCGAGGAGACGCGGAGCGUGAUCGUGGCCCUGGCAGCACAGAAUCUGCGCUCUCUGCCCAUACUGAGGGCACUGUCCUUCCACCUGGUGCAGCACAGCAAAGAGCUCUGCCCGUCGGUGAUAUUAGACUUGGUGUUUGCAUAUGCCUUGCUCGGUUUCCAUCAGCCACAGGUCUUUCAGAGGAUGGUGGCUGACCUUCUGCCCAAAGUCUCGGAACUCUGCUCCAAGGACCUGGUCCGCUGUAUGAGGUCCUUCGCUACCCUCAGGUUCUCCAGUCUCCCGCUGUGUGAAGCCGUCGCGCAGGUCUGCACAGACCAGAACGAAGCGCUCUCCGUCACUCAGCUGUCCAAUAUCGUCAUCGCUUUUGCACAUCUGAACUUCCAGCCCAGUAAGCAGGAGGAAUUCUUCAGCAUAGUGCAUCAGCGUCUGAGCGGGGAGCUGGACUCGCUGAGCCCGACUAUUCUGGUGGACCUGGUGUAUUCCCUGUGUAUCCUGCAGCACGUGACCCUGGCUCAUAUUCAGAAAGCACUAGAUCCGCAGGUUUCCGCGCAGAUUCUGGGUGACUGUUCUAGCAAAUCGUAUAGCUUGUGGUACCGGAAGUUAAUGCAGAUAAAUGCUGCGGCCCAGCUGGAAGUUCCAGACUACCAGGGACCCUCUGUGUCCCCCGACGUGAAGCAGCCGGAGACUAACAAGUCCCUGUCUCGUCUGGAGAGUGACCUGCAGAGUGUGCUGCGAGAGCUGUUCCCGGAGGAGGAGACCUGUCACUACAACAGUCACACUGUGUACGGCUGUGAUAUUGAUGGUGAAUUUGCUCUAGAUGUGGAAAAUAAACCUUUAUUCCUGAGAGAUUUGGGGAACCCGCACAUUCUACAUUGUAAAGGGACAAAUCCGUUACCGGAGGGAGCAAAGAGGUUUGCCGUGAAGAGCUGGAAUCUGUCUAACUAUAACUUGCGAUCUAAGGAGCUGGUGGGCUGGUCAGCAAUGUGCCGCCGACACCUGCAGGCUGCCGGAUUCUUGCUGGUGGAGGUGCCUUUUUACGAGUGGCAGGAGCUGAAGUCGCAGUGGCAGAAGUCCGCCUUCCUGAAGGAGCAGAUGAAGAAAGCGGCAGCGGCUGAAGAAGCGUCCCUAUGAUGCCAGCGCUGUAUAGAGGAGGAGAGGAGUCUUGUAUAUAUGUAUCUUCUCCCCCCGCUGGGCUGUGCUCAUGGGGGGGCAUCAUUUUAGGCUGUUAUGUAUUUUAAAUUGAGAUGUGUGACAAAGACGCUGAAGGCAAAUGACUGCAGAUAAAGAGGAAUAUAAUGAC